UUAAUGCCAGAAAAAUUGACGGUGGACGCAACGGAAUAUUAUAGAAUAAUUUCUCCCAAUUCCAUUUUUAUUUCAACUUCAAUCACAAUAAAUAAACACACGUCAAUUUCGUUCUCUGUAGAAUCAGCUCCAUCAUCAACAAAAUAAAAAACUUCAAUUCAAAUCAAUUUCAUCCAUAACUCAUGGGCAAGAUCAAAUCCUUCAAACAAGAAUUCACACUUGAUGAACGACGCAAGGAAUCACAAAGCAUCUUAGUUAAAUAUCCAGAUCGAAUUCCUGUCAUCAUUGAGAAAUAUUCUAGAACAGACCUACCUGAAUUGGACAAGAAAAAGUAUUUGGUUCCUCGCGAUAUGUCUGUUGGGCAGUUUAUUCACAUUUUAAGUAGUAGGCUAAGUUUGACGCCGGGGAAAGCUCUGUUUAUUUUUGUGAAAAACACGCUACCUCAAACCGCUAGUCUUAUGAACUCCAUCUACCCAACUUACAAGGAUGAGGAUGGGUUUCUGUAUAUGUGUUACAGCAGCGAGAAAACAUUCGGUUAACUUGGUUGGUUGCAUGACUUGCAUUUGAUGAUUCAUUCCUUCAAGUAUUUGCUAAUUGUUGUAAAUAAAUUCAGUACAUAAUGUACUUGUAUGUAUGAAUGACAUGACGUUACCAGAAUCUUUGGUGUGUACAAUGAUUAAUUGUAUUUUAAAUAAAAUGUACAUUGCAAAGAUUUAGUUACCAA